AGAAAAUCUAAAAUGUGAAAGUAAACAUAAAAAGAAACAAUAACCAUAUUAACAACAAUGCACUAUUGAAUAUUAAUAACACCAACAACAUUGCUGUAUGAUAUUGUUGAAUUGAAAGCUUUUCAUUCUUCACUCACCUCAAAAAAUUUCCAAUUUUUCCAUAGUAAUAUUAAUGGAAGAACUGUGUGAACUACUUUGAUUGAUAUGGCUACAACUACACGUGUUCCUUUUGUUUCCGCUACCACAUCUUUUCACAACCAAUGCCAUAAAUUUUGCUUAGUGGCAAAGUCAAUAACUCUACCAGUUUCUUCUUCCUCAUUAAAGCUUUGUUGUUCUUCUUCUUAUUCUUCUUCUUUGCUUUCACUUUCAACACAAAAGAAUCUUAAGGGUGUGAAAAGAGUUGGAAACAGAAGUAGUGUUGUUGUUGCUAUGGCUGAAUCUUCAAAGAGUACUGUGCUUGUUACUGGUGCUGCUGGUCGUACAGGACAAAUAGUUUAUCAAAAAUUAAAAGAGAGGUCAGAAGAAUAUGUCGCUAGAGGGCUGGUUAGAACAGAAGAAAGCAAGCAGAAAAUUGGUGCUGCAGAUGGUGUCUUUAUUGGUGAUAUAAGAGAUACUGAAAGUCUUGUUCCUGCAAUUCAAGGUAUAGAUGCUCUCAUUAUCCUCACAAGUGCAGUACCACUGAUGAAACCCGGGUUUGAUCCAACCGCAGGAAAAAGACCCGAGUUCUAUUUUGAUGAUGGCGCAUACCCUGAACAGGUUGACUGGAUUGGACAGAAAAACCAAAUCGACGCUGCUAAGGCUGCAGGAGUAAAGCAGAUUGUGUUAGUAGGAUCUAUGGGCGGAACAGACCUUAACCAUCCUUUGAACAGCUUGGGUGAUGGAAAUAUAUUGGUUUGGAAAAGAAAGGCCGAGCAAUAUCUGGCUGAUUCUGGUAUUCCGUAUACUAUUAUAAGGGCUGGUGGCUUGCAAGACAAAGAGGGAGGUAUCCGGGAACUCGUCAUAGGAAAGGAUGACGAGCUUCUCAAGACUGAUAUUAGAACAAUAGCUAGACCUGAUGUUGCAGAAGUCUGUAUUCAGGCACUAAAUUUUGAGGAGGCUCAGUUUAAGGCAUUUGACUUGGCAUCAAAACCUGAGGGGACUGGUUCACCAACAAAGGACUUUAAGGCUUUAUUUUCCCAGAUCACUACUCGCUUUUGAUUUUUCGAAUGUUGUUUUCAUUAUCUUAAAAUAUUUCAUAUUUACAUUUGGAAUGGAACCAAAAAUCUAUUAUUAGUUCUAUCUAAUGCAAAUUUACAAUGUGCUUGGUAAUUUAGA